AUGCCGAAGGGAGGCGCCUCAUCUUUGACUCCAGUUUAUGCCGGUCUGCGAGAAGAUCUUGAUGCAUUUUUGAGAGCGUUCAUGCAGCUGGAUACGAUCAGAUUCGUUGAUUAUAAGCAAUUGUUUCACCAUAGAGGAAUGAUUCAGUUGUUCAAUGGUCGAAGCAAUAGCGCAGAAAUAAUUGAGGUGCGUAUGGAUCCGGACGCUUCUCGAAAUUUCAGAAAACUGGCCGAGCUCCUUGUCCAAGAAAGAAUUUACGACGGUUAUAUGGCCUGCUUGAAGCUUCUUGAGGACAAAGCUCUCAAACAUGUUGCUUUCAUACCUAUCCAUGAUCCGUCCAACUUCAAAAGAUUCUAUACGGACGAGAAGGUUACUGGAGUGAGCGUUCUGACUAAUUUGAAUGACCCCCUGGGCAAUAUGAAAUAUUUGUAUGAGUCGGAUACGUUUUCCAUGUUAGGGUUCAUUCAUAAGGAAUAUGCAAAAAUGAAGGAAAAAUUGGGUUUCAUUGGCUGUCCACUACCAGAUGUCCAGCAGAAAAUCAAAGAAAUUAUCGAACAACAUUCGCAGAGUCUCGAAAAAAGUUUGGGCGUUGACGAGAUAAUCAACACCGAUCACUCAUCAGAACAAUUGUCUUCUCGUGGAAUGCUGCGUUCCUCAAUCAAAGAACAAGCCCACGCUGCUGAUUUGAAACUUUCUCGGUCCAGAAGACAUCGUUCAUCAAUGCCACUCGUUGUGCCAACAGAUACGUUUGAUUUUGUUCGUGAAUUGAAACCAGACGUCAAGAAACUCAAGAAAAUCAAGGUGGAUGCUGGCACAGUUGUUCCAGUUUCAAAAGUGUCAUCCGAACCAGUUUCCCCUCUGAAAACAAGACGCGGUCGUAAUAAAACUUCUCAUACAGUUAUCAAAGAAGAGCCGAGUUCUCCUGAGCAUGCAUCUCCUGCGAAAAAAUGGAAAAGACCAGCCCGAUCCCAUGUUUUUUCUGAUUCCGAUCAUCUAUUUAUACAUGACUCCUUGUCCGUCUCUGCUCCGUUGCUCAACAAGAAAAGUGAACUUGAGCACAAUGAAGAUUUUGGGAUGGAAAAAUGCGAAAAACCAAACAGAUUCCAAUUGAACGAAAUCACUCCAGAACAGAAACCCGUUAUUGGAAAAUCUGCACUCCACGAAUCCAUUCCAACAAACUGUAAAAUCAAACGUGAGCCAAUAGACCAGUCUUCAGCCGAGAAUGGGUCACUUGCCAUCGAAAGUAUAAUGAGAGCAUAUGUAAAGGAACAGUCUCAUGUCGGCGAAAUAGUUGACUCAUCGUCAAUUCUGGACAAUCAUGAAGAAGUCGCUACAGUUUCACCAUUGAAGUCUAUCCUGAAGACUCAGAGAAACAUUUUGAAACGGCAUGUGUCAUUCCGUGAGAAAGACGACGGUCAGCUGGAUACCACAGUUUAUGAGAUUUCGAGUUCGUCAUCAAACAUAGCAUGCAAGAUCAAUGAGGAACAAAAACCAUGUUCUAUAUUGCCGGAGCCAGUUAACGAAGCUCAAAACGCUACGACUUCUGAAGUAAAAGACGACACCGAGUUCGAUGACAGAGAUAUGUUCAAACCACUAGAAGACGGUUUCACAGAUGAUGACUUGGAUCUCGUUCUCGAAGAUUCUGAUGAUGAUAUGAUGACUAUCGAUGACAUGUAA